UAGCCCUGAUAGGCGAUCCUACCCCCAUCUCUUUGUCGCUCAUGGUCCUUUUAACCAACAACAGAAACCAUUGUUGGCCCUUUACUGAGAGUGUUGCAUCACUCUGGAACCCUAACCUGGCUUCAUUGUUUUGCUCUCGAGAAUUUUCUCGACCAGGCGAAGACCAUGAGUUCGACGGCAAAUCCCGUAUCUCCUACUCAGGGGUCGACUACGGUUAGUGGAGAUAUCGAGUCUUCUCCACGACAGACGAUCCUUAGGGGGCUCCGAGAGGGCUUUCUGGAGCCAAGUGACAGAUUUACCGGACAGCAACUUUUUUAUCUGCUGGUCCCUCACGGUAUUAUUGCAGGCAUCAUUUCGGGGGUGAUCAACCUGGCCAUUGCUGUUGGGAUGUAUGGCACGACUAAACAGGCAAUCAACUUGUUUCAAUUUCCAAACACACUUGUUGGAGAUGCGACCGUUACAGUCAUCCUGCAGUGUAUUAUUACGUGGCUGAUAGAGCUGGCACUUGUCAACCAGGAUCUCAAGCAUGGCCGCAUCCAAUCGGUUGGAAGCAUUAGGGAGCCAAAUAGUCGACUGGCCCGGUGGUUUAUGUUCUUGGAUCGCACCGACCCGGACUAUGAGGGUGGUUUCCUAGCUCAUUGGGUGGUAUUCCUGUUCUCGCAGGUUCUUCGCGCUUUCCUCAUUGCGGUCAUCACGUUUGCUAUCUUCAUCGGCCCCACGAUUGGGUUAUUGAUAGUGGUCGGCACCCGAAACGGAGGUGACUGGACGUACACAGGAGGUGUCACUCCGAAACCCAACCUCGAGAAUUGGAAACCAAUGAUGUUCAAGGCAAUUCUAGGGACUGCAGUUGGACUGCUGACGACGCCGAUAUUCGCAUUGUUUUGGAUGGUGAGGUGUGGAUGGGCUCUGAUACGGAACGAAAAUCGUUAUGGCGCAAGUUUAUCAUGAAGCAUGUGGAUAUAUUCUUAGUCCUGAAAUUCAGUAUCAUGGUAUGGUUGAGUACUUGCUCGAAGAUGACUCGAAUGAUACGGUGAAUUGCUGGGACGAUUGGGAUUUGAUGACGUUAAUAAUAUGUGGACGAUUACUGAAAGCCUUGGAUCACACGAUGAUAUAACCUAAUAUGCUUACUGUAAUUGGAUUGUAAUUAACAUCCACUUCAUUGCUAGGCCCAACACAAGUUGUCACUUUGCUUACAAUAUCGACUGCCAAACCACCAUGAAUAGUUUCCAUCACGGGGAGGCAGAACUUACCCAGGGAUAUCUAAUGGUUUACCCGCAUCUCCGUGUCCAAG